AAUAAUGAACCAGCUCGGCGAACCAACCAACCACAACAUCCACAACCCAAGCUACAAAUCUACUCUAAAACCUUUAGACUCUCUUGGACAGAUUCAGGCAUACAUCCAGCAGGAUUUGCAUGGAUUUGGGAGGUGACAACACAUCCAAGAAAGACCGGUGCUUGAGAGUGACCAUUUGAAGGACACAGUUUGAGGGUAAGUUUAUGUUUUGAUAGAGUGGGGUAACAGCAAUUUGAAAGGAAGGAAAUUCUCUUGAAUAAGGGAACCUGUUGCAAUCUCAGUUUAUCCAUACUCCUGUUCCAUUCCCUCAAAGAUGGCCGAAUCUUCUAGUCACUGCCCUGACCUCUGGAAGGCUGUUACUCCAUUUUGCUGCUACUUGCAUUUCCAAAACCUUCAUUCUCCAACUAUUCUUUAUUCCACCAGCUUUUAAACUUUCAAACCUUCCGUCAAGAAAGGAAGCCAACAAUAAAUUUUUUUGCAGCAGUUUAAAAUCUUAAUAUAAAUUAUUCUUUCUUCAUCCCCCCCCCAGUAGAUUUGUCAUGACUUCACUAUAUAUAAUGGGAUAUGAGGUUAUUUAGGUUUGGGUAAUAGAAGAAUAAUUCAGGUAUUUCUAAUAUGAUACUUAGCUCAGUAGCUUUUGCAUUAGCAUAGACUGGGAGAUCCAGCCAGUUCAGUUAACUGAAUAUAGGGAUCCCACGGUAUGGACUGCAAUGUUUAAGUUGUUAAAUAUCUUCAAGAUCUUUUGAUCUUCAGUGUUGCUAUUUUGAGCAUGGCGUGGCACCUUUUUACUAACAGCUGCCAAAUCCUACGACCAUUUGUUGUUAAAUAAUAUGCUGGGCAAGCCAGAAGAUGACUGCUCUUUUUUUUUUAAAGUAAAGUAUCUGGGAUCAAAAAAACAAGCUAGCUUGUAUCUGGGUUUAAGGUAUGAGAUUCCUUGCAAAAACAAGAUUGAGGAUUUGAAGUACUGAUUUAAGAGUUGAAUCUUGGAGAGGAAAGGAUGCUGUACAAGUUGAGUAUGUCAUGCAGUAAUGGAACUUUGUGCAUGAACCAGAGUCCCACAGUAAGGACUUCUAACUUCUACUUCUUAACAUACAACAACACUAACUAUAAGUUUUUUUUUUAAAUGUUGAAGAUGCUUGUACUGUAAACUGUUUUGAAACCCUAAUUGCAACUUUUGUGAUAUUGAUGCUAAAUCUUUCUGGUCAUGCUUGGUCUCGGGAGGUGAAAGUGCAGAUCAACUUGUGCAGUUCAUAAUUAUUUGGGGAACGCUAUGUUUGACAGCAAUUCUUCUGGUAUGCCUUUUCUGUCUGUAUGGCACUACUUAGUACAUUUACUUAGGAGCUGUGGAUGUAUUUUAAUUACAUUCUGGCAAUUUGUGCUUCAAACCUGAAGAAAGCUUAGACAAAUUUGAAUAGGUCUAAAUAUGCAUUUGUAUCUUAAUUUUUUUAAAUACUUUUUGUUAGGUUUCACUUGGUACACUAAGCUGUGGGCAAAAACAAAGUAGUCAAUUGAAGCAAAAUCAUUUAACAUCUGUCACAAUACUGUGGGUAGAUUGGGAAGGGAGUUUCAAAAAGUUACUCCUUCAGUGUGAAAUCCUGUGAAUUUAUGUUUUAUUGAGCCUUUUUCUACACUUUGUUCAUUUUGUAGUUGCACAAUUUUGAUUAUUGUGUCUCAUUUGGGUAUCAUUGCUUAUAUUAGGAUCAAUUCCAGAUUAUCAGCUAAAGCAAAACAUGAACACUUUGGGAAUAGCAUGCACAAGAUCAUUUUAGAAAAAAUAUGGCACAAGGGUGCCAUAUUUUGAUCAUGUGCCAGUUCUCUUUCAUUAUGAAGAGUGGCACUGUUGUUCUAUGGGACUGAAUUUUUUUUCUGUAAUCUAUUUGACUAUGAAUAUCUGGUAACAUUAGUGUUUUGUGAAAAUGUGAUAGUGGUUUCUAUGAUAUCCAUGCCUCAUACUUAAAGCACCUGUUGAUAGACCUUUUAUUUUAUCAAAAGCCUUGUAAUUUACUAUGUGUUCGUAUAUCUACAUAAUGCAAUAAUGUGUUGUUUUAUCAUGUAUUACCCUUUUGUUCUACUUGCUGUGGAAAAUUACACAUCAAAUGAAUUGUCUGUAUGGGUACUGGAUGGGGAUAAAGCUCAUGAGCAGCAACAUCAAAGUGAAACACCUGAAGGGAUUGUGUCCAUGUAGGUAAUGUGGACUCUCUCUUGAGGUAUACGAAGGAUACUUUUAUUUGAAGAAUGCGAAACACCUUACAAUGUAGGUCCAAUGGAGCGUCUCCAGAGCAGUUCUCCAAACUCUGUAAUAAAAAAUACACCUGAUCCUUUUAUGGCCAGUUGGAACUUUUUGCCUUCCAUAAACAGAUAAGGGACUUUGUCUCCACGGACUCUGCUAUGACACACUGCCUCACGGCAAUCAUGCACGACAUAACCUUGAAGUUGAGAUGGAGGUGGUGUGCUGAAGGUGAAAUAUAAUGCCAUACAUUGCACAAAGAAACAUUGUUUGUUGAGCAGUGCAGAAAUAAUCGGUAAAAUGGCAGACAGUAAUGUUGUUAACAAUGGCAAAGACGGGGCUGGCCAGAGCACAGAAGACGUUUGCCGGGACUACCUGCGCAAUGUCUGCUAUCGCGGCAAGACCUGCAAAUACCUGCACCCGGACAUAAAUGAGGUACAUGAUCUAGGUGUGAAAAAGAAUGAGUUUGUCUUCUGUCAUUACUUUAUGAAUAAUGUUUGUACCCGUGCAAAAUGCACAUUCAUACAUGGUACAGCAGAGGAUGAGGAGUACUACAAAAAAACAGGGGAGCUUCCUCUGCACUUGCGCUCCAAGGUGGCUGAAACCUACGGUCUGUCAGUUUCUGAUCUGCCUGCGGAUAAAGGUGAGAUUCCCGUUUGCCGAGAUUACCUGAAAGGUGAUUGUCAAAGAGGCUCAAAAUGUAGAUUCCGACACUUCAAGCGUGAUAAUGCAGAACAUGAUAUCAGACAGGCACGAGACAUCCCAGUUUCUCAGCCACUGCGUAGAUAUGAUCGAUCGGAUAAUGAUAGCGGUAUCACUUGCUAUGAGUAUGACCACCGUUUGAAGAGGAGAAAGUUGGAAGGUUUUGAGUUUGAGGUGUACGAAUAUGAUCUCUCAAGUCGCCGGUCAGUUGAUUCAGGAUACCUGGAAGAGGAGAACCUUAUGCUGCGAAACCGCAAUGAGGAACUGAAAAAGCAGGUGUCAAAUUUGAUGGGUAACAAUGAGGUUCUUUUGGAGCAGAAUGCAUUUCUCCGCAACCAAAUAAAGGCAGCAAUGGUGAACUCUUUGCCCACAGCAACAGAUGGGAGAUUUGGCCACUGCACUUCCCCAGGACUUAAAACAAGGGGACUUUGGGAGUAAAAUUGCAAAUCUAAAAAUUAGUCCUAUAGUUCUGAUGAGCUCAUUUCCAAAAUUCUUAACAUCUCAGCAGUGAUCCUAAAUGCAAUAGACUCUCUGCUUCCUGUGACAUUGAGGUUGGGAGGGCGGUGGUGCGUGGAAUAUCCUUGAAUGCCUUUCAAGACCUAAAACUGUGUAUUGCUUCAGCGUGUCCAAUCAAGGAACAUACCAAGCUGCUUGACAAUUUUAAAAGGCCAUGUGGGAAACAUCUUUGAAUUUUAGCUGGGUUACCUUUUCCUCGUUGCAGUUGCUAAUUGAAGCCAUAUUGGGGGGAAAUUCUUACUCGAAAGAGCAGCUGAAGAGCAAAUACUGAUAGUUGCUAAAAUAUGUCAGCGUCCUAGGAACAGAUCUUUGGCAAAAUGAAUUGAAAUGCAGCUUGUCUUAAAACCAUUUGGUGUAAAAAGCAAUGUACAAAACAACAGGUUAAUUUCAAGGCCGCACUCUGUGAGAGUGCGUCAUCACAGACGUUUAGUGGUGGCUUCGGUACAGCGUAUUUGGACUUAAAAUGGUGGUGGCUAUGUUGCCUUUGGACUGAGCUGAACUAGACUCAAGUGCACCGACGUUUUGAGUUCCAAAACCCUUUUAAGCGUGUGAGCUGGAACAACACCUAACAUGUGAAACAAUAAUGUAAAUUAUGGCAAGGAACUCUGACAAUGUUACAAUAUCAGCCACAUCAGUACCAUGAAAUAUAAUGACACAACAGAGCUGCAAUACACCCCCUCCCCCUCCAAAAAAACAAACUCUGCGGCUAGAAAAAAAGUUGGGGUUGAUUCCUAUGUUGCCCAAAAUGGACAUUUUAUCCUUUUUCUGAAUGGGUAAUGCAGUAUGUAUAUGUAACACCCAUUUUGACUUUUAGCAAUGUGCACAUCUUGACUAGCUGAAAUUCCUCUUAAGCCUUUAAAACAUUUUAGAGGGUUUUCAUUGUGCUUCUUUCUCCUACAGUUCCCACACACAGCUCACCCCGCCACAACUCCCUUACUCCUACACAUAUCACUCUUCCACCCCCCCCCCCCGACAAUACACACAGACACACUCUUCCCUCCCACACUCUGCUGUCACGCACACAUGUGCUGUCUUGCGUGCUCACACGUAUGCUCUCUCUCUUGUUCGCUCCCCCUCUCUUGCACGCUCUCUCGCUCCCACGCACACUUGGGAUGUCAUAAACUACAGUAAUACUGGGUAAUAAUUGCAUUGGAUAUCAAUGAUUAUGGAGGUAUCAGAUUAUUAUGUAAUUCCUUUCUAUCUUAUUCCAAAAAGGCAUGAGAAUUUGCAGUCCUACGAAUGUAUAGGAAUAAGGCAAUUAUUGAGUGAAGGAGUCUGUGUAACUGAAAUUUGAUGUUAUUUUUAUUCAGUUGCUGUAAUGUUGUAUACACUGUACCUGAAAUCCGAUGUUUCAUAAAAUGGUAUCUGGUAUCAACAGUUUGACUGCAUAAAAUAUUGGAUCAACCCAUGACCGGAUCUAUCUUCCAGUUUUGUUAUGCUGACUAAUCUCUUGGCCACAAUAAAGAAAUGCCAGACUGGAGUAGGAGCAGAAUUUGUGCGCAAGAUGGCGCAUAAUGCUGUUGCUUGAGAGGUACACUUUCAGAACUGAAACAUUCUUUCAAUGCCUUUUAGCUAUUUUGAAUGUUACAUGUAUUCGAUCUAAUGCUGCUUAACACCAGUAUGCUAAAAUUCUGUCUUUCUCUCUCCCAAUACAUUUAGUAUUACACAACUGUGUGUGAACUUGCUGCAUGAGCUUAGUUGUUUGCCUAAAAAUAUUUGGGCAUAAUAUUAUAAAUCCUUUUUCAGCCAAGGAAACCUGACCAAACCCUUGAAUAUAAAGACUGGCAGCUCCAAAAUAUCUCAUGAUUAUAAUGGCUGUUGGCUCUCCAGGAAUAUUUUACGUCAUUAACAAAUGCUAAGAUUGUAUGAAUGUCAGUAUACCCUAGGUGUCCUGGAACUUCAGUAGGAUUAGUUUCAUAAUGGAGUUACAAGACAACUGUUGAGUUUGUGACUUUAGAUCUAUAGCAAGAAAAUGGCGGAGAUGUUCAAUUAUUGCAACCUUUGUUUUUGACGGACAUAGUUUCAAAAACAGUAUUUUACUUUUCAGUUGCAGUUCUUGGCCUUAUUAGUUCCAAAGCUUGAAAUUUUAUACCAUGUUAAAUUGUAUUAGAUUAAUCCAAAUAGUUAAGUCCAUGGGGCUAGGCACUUAGACAAAUGUGCUUUUAUGUACAUUUUUUUAAAACGGGACUUCCAUAAAACCAUGAUUAAAUGUUGAACACGUAUAUCUGAAUUAUAGUAGUUAAGCCAAAUUUACAUCCCUUUUUUGAGUUCUGUUUUUCCUAUUUUAAAAUAAUUUUCUUGAAAGCAUUGUUUAAAUGUUCUUUGAAUUUGAGUUAUUUGGUUAGUAGAAUAACAGAUGCUGCAGAUGAUGACUAAUCUGGAUUUAAGAGGCAAUAAGAUUGUUGAUUGUUGCCUUAAUGUCUUUAUUUUGUGACUAAAGGUUUAAUGCUACGAUGUAUGUUUAUGAUACUAGAUAUACUAAUUAAUAAGUAUGGUAGUAGUGCUUUUCAAUUUGAUUACCUAAGUUUUCUUUCUCAAGGCUAAUCUUCCAACAAAACCUUCAGGGUUCGAAGUUCUUAGUUUAAAUCAACAGAGAUUCCUCCAGUGUGUAGAGAUUCGACAUUGCAAUUGUAGUUCCCAUCUUUGAAAUUUUGCCACAUCCUAAAAAUGAGACUAUUUUAAUUUGUUACUGUAUGCCACUUAUUAACCUCUAUGUGAAUACGUAACUGGGGAACCUCUCUAAUCCUUUAAUGUUUAAUUGUAUACCUCUUUUUUGUUUUUUAAAAGUAGAAAUUUCAGAAAACCUAUUAGUGUUAUGACAAUAAAAUAAUUUUUCAUAUAUAAAGUACAUUGUCUUUAUUUUAGCACCUGCGCAGAUCACCAGAGGGUAGAAUUAGUGUUCAGCUCACCUAUGACUACUGUUGUAGAGAAUUGGCAGACAUCUAAAUGUAGAUGAGCUACCGGCUUUUAGCUGAGAAAUGUCUAGGGAUGUUGAGUUGGGAAGGACAGGAAAUUUCAAUGACAAUUUGCACAUAUAGCUGAUUUAGAAAGGAUAUAACAGAUUAAAAACCACUUGUGUUGCAUAAGAGCUCAGCAGAUAAUUGAGAGGUCACUUUUAUGAGAAGCUAUGAUUUAAAAAUAUCUUGAGACUAGUCAAAUAUUAAGGCUCUUGGUGUGUUUGGCAAUACUGCCUUGAUUUGAUAUUUUGGGUAGUGAGCAGUGACCCGAGUGCUGUUCAUUUCCUUAACAAAGACAUGUGGACGCCAAAUGCAACACCCAAAUGACUUUGGUUGUGAUCAGCUAGCUCAACAAAGAUCAUGGAACAAACCCGAUAAAUAAUUCUAAGAUGCAAUGGUUCUUGCAUCUGCCUGCAUUUUAUACUUAGACCAUCAAGCUGUGUUGUGUUCACAGGGAUAGGAUUUGUAUUUGUGUUGACUGUUGCCAUUUUAUUCUCUUAAAUGCAAUCUGCCUCAGUCUGCCAGAUAGUCCAAUUCGGAGGGGUGUUUUCAGAUUUCAUUAACCUCCUACUUUGGGAUGACUUUUGCUUGCAAUUAACUAUUUAAAUCAAAAUAACUGAUCCAGACCAUGGUUGUCAUUUUAUGUAAACAUGUAACAAAUCUAGAUCUGUCCAGCAUUUUCCAUCUUAUGUAAAGUCUGCACCUGUAAGAUUCCAGACUUGAUGUUCACAGAAGCAACAAUCGUAAACACAUUGUUUUCCCUAAAGUCUCAAACUUAUUUGUCAGCAAUGGGGACUGAGCACAUCCCACAAAAAAAAAAGUAAGUUAGUGGAUGUUUUGAGAAUUUUGUUUUUCCCCCUUUUAAAAUUUUUACCUCAACACACCAUUUUUGAAACUUGGCUUGGAAACAUUACUGCUCCAACUUGCUCUGCUUCCCUGUCCACAAUUCUGCUACCUGGGAAGCCUCAUUUGCCUUAUCCCUGCCACAAAUCUUUCUUCUUCUAAUGAUUCUCCUUUUCUGUUUUGCUACAUAGAACUCAUUGUUUUCUUAGGCCUCUGUUUGCAAUAUUUUUCAGGCCAGGCAUGUUUAUAUGUAUGUUUGCUUUACUAGGAGGUUUUAGCAUCAUGUCUCGUAAUGUGCUUUAAGGUCUUGGAAACAAAAAGGUAUUAGGGUGUCACAGCAAAAUGAAAGCAGUAGAACUGAAGAAUAAAACAAACUAAAAUGUAGAGAAGACAAAUGGGAAUUUUAGAAAAUUGAACAUCCUCAGAAAGAAAAUGAAUCAAUAGUCGGGAAAAUAAAAUUGAGGAAAAACUGAGUCAACAAACCACAAAAUGGGAAAAAAAACGGGUUAAGGGAAGAAUAGUAGCAGGCGUAGUAGACAAGCAGGUCAACAUAUGACUGAGUUUGAGCUACCACUUUGUAUUGAUUUUGGGUAAACAGUGAUGUGACAAGUGCUGGUAUAACUCUGAAGUCUGGCCCUAAGCUAAAGCAAAGAGACCUCUGAUGGGGGGAGAAAUGUUUUCUUGAUUUGAUGUUAUUAGGUAAAGCAAAUUGAGUUUUUGAAAUAGUGUUGGCCAGCUAUGGUUUUGGGGUGACUGAAAUAUCCUUUUUUCUGACUAAUGUAUUUGGGAUUGUUGCAUGCAAUCCAUCAUCUUCAUCGUCUUAAUGCAAGUAUUGUUUGGCUUGUUUCAUAUCUCUGGCUGCCAAAAUGCAGUCCAUUAUUUAUAUAAGAUCCUUUUGAUGUACUUCUGUAAAUUCAUUGCAGUGCAGAGCAUCUAAAAUGUAAUUUAUGUUAAUGAGUGUUUAUGAACUGGUCAGGCUGAGAACGAAGACCAUUAAGAGGAGAUACAGUUCCAAGCCGCUAACUUCUGUACUUUAAGUCUAGUCUGCUUGAUACUUGUUUGUGAUGACAACCUUCAGAAAGACUGCUUCUACUUCAACAGAAAAGACAUUCCUUUUAUUCAGGAACUUUCUUGUGGUCUUCGGUCUUCAUCUCUCUUUUUAUGAAGAGAGCACUAAAGGCUCAAAAUAAUGCUCGUGUGUAUUUAAUGGCCAUGGCAGCGUGUUUCUAAGGACUUUUCAAGAGGAGCUAUAAGAACAAUGGAUGCUGUAUUUUCGAGGUGUCAGUUUUCCCAUUCAGCCAUCUUGUAAGUUUGAUCAUUAUGCUGUAAAAGAUUACUACUGCUCUUUGCUUCUGUAUUAUUUUGUCUUGAAAUAAAACUGGACAAAUUGCUUCUGCUCAUGCAGUGGUCUGGUGCUGUGGUAAGUGAUUUACUAAAAUCCAAUUGACCUGGGCGAUGCUAAUUCACACAACACAAAGUCUAAAGGUUAGCUUCGCAAAACAUUUGUUUAUGGGAAUUGUAGUCCAUGCAUAAAGGCAGUGAGAUGUCAGUAACAAGACAAACUGUAGCAGUCGCCUCCGGGGGCUCAUUGUCUGAGUAUGGCAACAAUUGGAAUAUAAAUCCAGUUGGUUAUUGUGGUGUCUAUUAUUAAACAUCCAUCUUUUUAUCUUUUUUUCUUCGUUGGUUAGGUGUCUUUUCUUCAUUGACUGAGUCCAGGAACUUUGGCAUCUGAAUUGGGCCACUCUUGGAGUGAAAACAAGAAGCCUCAGAGCAAUGCUGUGGUAAAAAAAAGCAAAAACAUGACUUGGAAGGAGGCAUCAAUAGAGAUCAGGAAGACUGGGUUAACUUGGUUUAAGGGUUGGAUAUAUUUCCCUUUUAGUUUGCAAAAGAUUGCUGUGGAGGAAGUUCAAACUUCGGAAUCACUAGAUGGGUUUGCAUUGAAACUGGAUCACUCCAUAAUAAUUGAAGUUCUGAGAUGAGCAAUGUUUCAUACCCAAGUGUCAUGUAAGCAGGAAUAUCCUAAGAUUUGAGCUGGAAUGGUGGAUGCAAUGGGGUCUACUUUAAGUUUAAACUUGUUUGCAUUAAUUUGCAGAUAUACUAACAGAUUUUGGUGUUUUGAUUUAGGAUUUAUCCAUCAUUGAGGUAACAGCGCUGAAAACGGCUAUUACUAAAGCCUUCAGGUAUCCACUAUUCAAACAAAACAAACCAACAAAGAAAUAUUAGCGCAAAUAGAGCUAAAUUUUGAGGCUGGACUACUGGGAUUUACAAGUUGCAUUUGACUCACUUGCCAUAAUUGGUACAUCCCAACAUUAAUGGCUGCUGUGAUGUUUUGUCCCCAAAGCAAAACAAUCGUUUGGAUUUUUGCCUUGAACUGAUGUGAUUUGGUAAGGACAAGAAUCUUUGGUUACCUUCAGUAUGUGACACAAUUAUCCCAAAUUAAGUCACCACCUUCUGUUUUUUUAUUCCCCUUCAUCCACUUCCAUCCUCUAUUUUAAAAUAAAGGUCCCAGGUCAGGAGAACGGGCAGGCGCUGGACCUGACUUCUGCUAAUGUUAAAGCGCUAUUAGGAAAUGCGCGGAAGCAGGUAGAUUCACUUAGUUUGCUUUAUUUGUUCCUGACCACCACUUGUGCUCCACUCCCAAUUCCCUCACCGCAUCAUCUUUUCAAUGCCUCAUGUCAUGAAUCCAGCUGAGAUUUUUGAAUUUCUUCACCUUGAUUUAAUUACGUUUGCUAAUAUGCAGUGCUCUAAUUAUAUUUUAUAAUGCUUUACAUGAUUACAGCUGUGGAAAAAAUUACAAGAUUUAAUAUUUUAUACAAAUCCAUCAGACAGUAUAUGACCAGUAUAUAUGUAGCACUAUUUCAUAAUAAAUCACUAGGGGGAGCAAGUAAACCAUUCCUCUAAAAUUUUCUUCCUUAUUUCAGUGCAAAAGGCUUGCCUGUUCAAUUGGCCUGAUUUGAGAUCAUCAAUCUAACUUUAGGAAAUUGAGCUCUGGACCCUACCAUUAUUGCUAUAGAGGGAUAGCAUAGUAUUACACUCUACCAUUUUGUAUUAAUAUUCUGAUAAGCUUUUGUAUUAAUACUUUAAGGACAUGUGACAACACUCAGGUUUAUUUCUCCAAAGUGCUAAUGCUGCAGUUAAUUACAAAUUAAGGUUUGAACUUGAUAAAGGACUACCUAAUGGUGGUUUUCUGAUAGUACCGUUUUAGUUUGAAGUAGUAUGGGUCAGUUCGAAUCACUUAUUAGCACUUUAUAUCUCGAUCAGAAGAUAUGGUGGUUGGAGCACAAUUCCAGUGCAAUACAGAGGGGAUGAUGUCUUUUUAAUAAACUUUUAUAUUAAAAAUCCGAAGGCAUUAUUUGACAGAGUAGGGAGAUGGCCUGUCCAGUGUUUCCCCUCUGACCGAAUACCACCACAACAAAUGAACUGGUCAUUAAUUCAUUGCUGUUUGUGGAAUAUUGCUUUGUGGAAUAUUGCUGUGUGCAAAAUGGCUGCUGCAUUUAUUAAUAAAAUCACUGCUGUUCGGCAUAAUUCAUAUGACGAGGCUUUGGCGCUAUAUAAAAUGCAACAUGUUAUUUCAGCUGAUAACCUGAGGUUUGAAAGUCACCUCACUGUAUGACAGCUGAGAUUUCUUGAAUCUUUACUAUCAAUACUAUAAUAAUACAUAUUAAACCAUUAUGAAACUGUUUCUCCUGUGCUGUCUUGUCUUUUUCCUCUCCGUAUUCUCCAUUUUUAAUUUUUUUUUGUCAUCCUUUUAGUUUUAUAUCAAUUGCAAGAUGAACAUGGAAUUGUCUAGUUUUAACUAGUAAAGCUAUCUGUUAUCCUGUGGCUCUGUGACUUGUCUGUUUUGGAGCAGGCACCACACUGUUUAAAAUCAUCCUAAGGCCGAUUUUUUUAGCAGAGUGGGAGACAAUCGUUGGAGUCUGAUCUGACCGGGUCUGAGUGAAGGAUCAAAAUUUUGAUGUUUUUCAGCUGACCACUUACGUCAAAAAUUGCAAAGCUCCCAGCAAGACAUUUAUUAGCAGCCAAGGGCAUUCACUCCUGAUUCUGAUUUUAUAACUGUUAGCAGUCACCAACUAUCUGGUGCCUUGACCAAAUGAGAAUUUUCCAAGAUCGACACUAUCCUGUGAUUCCAAUGCUUGAACACUAGAAGUUGGGAUGAAUGAAUUCACCAAUGGUCCCAGAGCGUAGCCUGUGGAAACUCGUGGCCUGUCAAUGCUCAGCUCUUAAGUUGCAUUAAGGGAACGGAAGAGUUGGAUGUGGGACUAAAAUGCAAUCUCAACAACAUGUAACAGAUUUACUCCAAUCUACUCCUGAAGGGAACAGAUUAAGUUGAAUAAUAUUCAUAGAUAAAUAAGAUCAACUAAAAUUUAUUAAUCUACAUUUGCACAAGAAGUGAAGCUCAAGAAUAAGUAGCCAUGGAAACACUGGGUAGUUUAGGAGUGCAGAGGUGAAAAGGUUUGGAAUAAUUGAGCUCUGACCAUAAUUUAUGAUUGCUAAUGCACACUUGUACCUAUUUAUCUAGAAUAAUGAUCAAAGAUCUGUUUUUCUCUCAACCCUCUAAUUCUCUCUCUCUCUCUCUAUCUCCCCCUCCUCCCCCCCCUCCCCCUACACUUUAUGUAUUUCAAUCUUUUUACUAAUUCAUGGCAUGUGGAACUGUUCCACAUUCCUAAUUAUGCAUGAAGGUGGUGGUGAACCGCCACAGUCUUUGGGGUGUUCAACAACUUCUUUAUCAUGUGGAGUGCAUCAAGUUGAUUGAAAAUUUGGCAUCUGUGAUGGGGACUUCAGGAGGAUGCUGAGAUAAAUCAUUCACUUCUCACUUCUGACUGAAUAUGGUUGCAAAUGCUUCAGUCAUUUUUGCACUCAUGUUUUGGGCAUCCCUAUCAUUGGCUCUGCAGAUAUCCCCAAUUGCUCCUGUUGUUUAGUUCACCUAUCAUUCGUGACUAGACGUGGGAGGACUGCAGAACCUCGGCCUAAUCUAUUGAUCGUAGAAUUGCUUAGCUCUGUCAGUUGCUUCCACUGUUUGUCUUGCACGUAUGUUGUUGGCCUUCUGCUUCUGACAGGUCUCACUGCUUUCCUCAUUGAACCAAAAUUGAUCUCCUGCCCUGACAGUAACAGUAGAGUGAGGGAUAUUCUGAGCCACAACAUUCUGUACUGCAACAGUGAAGAAUCUGCUGAUGGCCCACAGUACCUCAUGGGUGCCUAGUUUUGAGCAGCUUGAUCUGCUGUGCAUCUGUCCCACCUAGCACAGUGAUAGUACUGUACAGUACGAUGGAUGGUAUCUUCACAGUGAACAUGGGACUCCAUUUUCACAAGGAAUGUGCAUAAUGAUUCCUACCAAUACUGUUACGGGCAGAUGCACUUGGAUUGUUGAGAAGAUGAGAUAAUGUUUCCUUGUUGAUUCUUUGCCCAGCUGCUGUAGGCUACAAUGUUCUUUGGUGCUUGGCUAACUUGAUCAGUAGUGAUCUUACCAAGCCUCCAGUUGAUGGUCUUUCAAGUUCUCCACGAGGAGUAGUUUGUGUUCACUCUUGGUUCCCUGUACUCCUGUCCUCUUUCCAUAUGAAUGUACCAUUGAUUUCAUGCUUGCUAUCGCACAUGACCUCAAUUGCCAUCAACUCAUUCAUAGACAAGGCCGUCUCUGAAUCCUUUCCUCUAUCUCCCUCUACUUGCAUCUUCUUUUCUAACCCACUUCCUUCUGUAUCAGCCUUGGGGGGUAAAACUUCCAGGUCACUUACAACAGUGUUUUCAUACCCUCAUUGAGUACAAUAAUUCUACAGCUGCCUGUCUGCUCAAUAAUGUCUUGACUUACACCUUUUGUUGCCCAUGGCCCCACUCUGAUGCCUUCUUUCCCAUCCAGUUCCCCUGGUGCAAUUCCUCCACCACCACCACCAGCUCCCCCCCGCCCCCCAGCCCUUUGCUUACUUGCGUACAAAGGGUGCAAGUUUGGCAUAUAUCAUGCACAACUGAUUCUGUCAUUUAUUAGCAGAUCUGACAGGACUGUAUCAAGGCUAUUGGGCACAGUUCAUCUCUGCAAAAUCUGCUGACUAUUCUAGAAUGUGAAGUGUAAAGGUAACCCAUGACUUUUCUUCUCUUUCCCCCCCCUCUCCUGUGCCAGUCAUCUCCUUUCAUCAUUGAAAGCAUCAUUCCCUGCCCCCUCCAAAACAAAAGUUCAUGGAAAAUGUCAUCAACAAAGAUUGAAACACACCCUUGCCUAGCAAGUUAAACUUCAGGCUCUAAUCACCAACUUUGAUCUUUUGUUCUCUCUUAUCUCCUAACUAAACUGUUGACUACAUACUUUUCCUUCCUGGCUCCAGUGUUAGCUGACAUUAUAGAUGGUUUCCUCUCCUUAGGUACUGUACUGUUCCUUCCAAAUUUGCAAUUUCACUACUUUCUCAAAAUAACUUGGACCUCUCUGUCCUUGCAUCCUACCACACCAUUUCCAACCUCCAUUUCCACUCCAAAUGCUUGAACAUGUUGCCUCCAAAACCUGUCCUUCCCCACAACAUCUUUGCAAUAACUCUCUAUAUUUUAACUUCUCCAAUCAGGAUUCUGACCCUGCUGCAGAACUAAAGUAGCCAUAAUUAAAGUCAAAAUAAUAUCUAAUAUGACUGUUACUAUGGCACAUUAUCCCACCUCAACCUUCUUAAGUGUCUGAAGCCCUUGAAAUAGUUCCCUAUGCCAUUUUCUCCCAAUGUGUCAUCUCUUAAUUAGCUGAGUGGAACUACCCUCUCGCUUGCUCACUCCCUCCCACUCUGUCUUCUCUUCCUAGUCCCCUCCCCCUCCAGUAUUAUACCAGGUGGUGCAUUUACCCACUGAAUCUCAAGGGCACUCUUUAUAAAAUAUAAAAUUAUACUGUUGCCAGAUUGUCUUCUCAUUAUCUAUUUCUGAUUAUUUUGUGUUUUUUCUUGUAUGCAUAUUGAAAUGUACAGUUUCUAUGUUUAUUGUACUGUUUGUUUUCUUUUAAAAGUAGUAUUGGAAAAUGUUCCAUAGGCCAAUUGAUGUAUAGUAUGAAACAGUUAAGUGACUCAUUUGUUUAUGUAUCUUACUAUCUCUGAAUGCUUUGAUAAACUGUCUUAAUGACCAUUCCUUUUUGAAAAUAAAUUUUUUUUUUACACUGGA